AUGUUUCUCGCAUACGCCGCAGCGCCGACUUAUUACUCACGUCCUUUGACAAUGCAGGGCAAGGUGGCCGAGUUGCGCCUCGAACUCAAUAGUGGGAGCAAGAAGGAUAAGAACUUCACCCAGAAGAAGAUCGCACUCAAGAAGAUUGUCGCAAAUAUGACCAUGAGCAACAACGAGAUGGUCUCGCUAUUUCCAGACAUUAUCGCAUGCAUGCAUAUACAGAGCUUGGAGAUCAAGAAGAUGUGCUUUUUGUUUUUGGUCAACUAUUCGAGAAUGAAGCCAGAGAUCGCAGUCAAGGCGAUACCAGUCUUGGAACAGGAUAUGCAAGAUACGAAUCCACUGGUCAGGGCGCUGGCACUCCGAACCAUGUCGUAUGUUCACGUGAAAGAGUUUGUCGAAGCCACGGUUCCUCUGGUGAAGCAUCUUCUCAGAGAUUCGGAUCCAUAUGUGCGGAAAACAGCUGCUUUCUGUGUCUCAAAACUCUAUGAUCACGAUAGACAUAUGGUUGAAAGAUCUGACUUGAUAGAACGGCUCAACUCAUUGCUCAGGGAUGAUAAUCCCACCGUCGUAGCCAGCGCACUCGCUGGACUAAUGGACAUAUGGGAAAGGAGUGAUGCUAUCAAGCUCACAAUCGACUAUAAUAAUGCAUCAAAAAUGGUUGCCAUUCUGGCGGACUGCUCUGAAUGGGGCCAAACGUACAUCUUGGAGGCGCUCAUGUCGUAUGUUCCUCAAGACAGCGCUGAAGCCACACUUUUGGCAGAAAGAAUCGCUCCUCGACUCUCACAUUCCAAUUCAGCAGUCGUUUUGACGUGCAUUCGUGUAAUUCUCUAUCUGAUGAAUUAUAUUGCCGACGAAAAGCAUGUUUCUGCACUAUGCCGGAAACUUUCGCCACCGCUGGUGACACUUCUAGCAAAAGGUCCCGAGGUACAAUACCUUGCCCUCCGAAAUGCACUGCUCAUAUUGCAAAGGAGACCCGACAUCUUGAGGAAUGAUAUCCGCGUAUUCUUCUGCAAGUACAAUGACCCGAUCUAUGUCAAGGUCACGAAGCUUGAGCUCAUCUUCAUGCUUGCAACUGAGAAGAACAUUGACGAGGUCCUGACGGAACUACGUGAAUAUGCUACCGAGGUGGACGUUCACUUUGUGCGGAAAGCAGUGCGCGCCAUCGGAAAGCUGGCCAUUAAGAUUGAGCCUGCUGCGCGGAGGUGCAUUAAUCUGCUCCUUGAGCUCGUCGCCACAAAGGUCCCAUACAUCGUACAAGAGGCGACUGUGGUGAUCCGAAACAUCUUCAGGAAAUAUCCCAACCAAUACGAAUCCAUUAUUGGAACACUUUGCGAGCAUCUAGACUCGCUCGACGAGCCUGAAGCCAAGGCGGCCAUGGUAUGGGUGAUAGGACAAUACGCGGAUCGCAUCGAAAACUCGGACGCGCUUCUCGAGGAUUUCCUGUACUCCUUUGCCGAGGAGCCUGUUGAGGUUCAACUCGCUCUGCUCACCGCAACUGUCAAGCUCUUCAUUCAACGACCAACCAAGGGCCAGGAUCUUGUUCCAAAGGUUCUCAAGUGGGCGACUGAGGAGACUGAUAAUCCAGAUCUCCGCGACCGGGCAUACAUGUACUGGCGUUUGCUGUCGACCGACAUGAACGUUGCCAAGACAAUUGUCAUGGGUGAGAAGCCUGCCAUUACAGCCGAGUCCGAGAAGCUGGAUCCACAAACCCUGGAAGAAAUGUGCCUCAAUGUUGGCACACUUGCAACAAUCUAUCUCAAACCAGUGCAGACAGUCUUCAGAUCGGCCAGGCCAAGGAAAUUACAAGACAGCCCUGCUCUGCAGAAGCAUACCUUGCCGACAUCUCAAAAUCUGCCUCGUUUCGAGAACCAGAAGCACCUCAGCAUGUUCGGCAAGGGUGACCAGCCAGCAGUCGUGCGGACGAAUCCCAACGGCGGCUUGGCUGGAUUUGACAACAAUUUCAAUGGCCAGCCAGGUCAGAAUGGCCAGAAUGGCGACAUGGCUCAAGCAACUAAUGAUGCCGAUGCUUUCUUUGCUGGAAUUGGUUCCCAGCAGAUGGCGGCCAUGAAUAUUCACGAGGCGAGCGAUGCUUUUGGAGGCAGUAACGGUACAGAGGCUGGUUACGUGGUAAAUCAAUACGCGCCACAACAGGUCAUGAUGCCUGCACAAGACUCCAAUGGCGAUUUAUUAAUAUUGUAA